UUUUUCCCAAAACAGCUUGUCGACAUGUCUGUGUCACUUCGCCAGCUUAUUGUGCUGCUAGUCCUGAGUUGUCCCAGCUUCGAGGCCCUCGACGAGAAGGGUGUUCGAGGAAUGAUGGACUUGGAACGCGAUCUCCUCAAGGGCCUUCGCGACUAUGCCGAGAAGCUGCAGGAAAAGAUCAGCCUCAUUAACAGUUCCUUGGAGGAGUACACCGAAGAGAUAGAGGAGGCCAAGCAGGACCCGGAGGAGUACCUCUCCAACCCGCUGAACGCCUUCCGACUGAUCAGGCACAUGCACCAGGACUGGGCCAGUUGGCAGGUUUACAUGGAGGAGCAGGUGGGAGUCGAGCAGAUAGCGAAGAUGGAACGCCUGCUGCCGCAAAUCCCCCAGAAGGGGCACUUCAAAAAGGCGGCCAGGAACGUCGACGCUUUGGCUCGGUUCUACGACUACAAGCCCUCCGAACUGGUCGCCAAAAAUGAACUCACAAGUGCCCUGCAUCUGUCCCCUCUGGACUGCUAUCACUUGGGGCUGGAGUUGUACGGGGAGCAUGACUAUCUGGGGGCAGCCAAAUGGCUCGAGGUGGCCGCCCAAAACUACACUCUCUCCAAGUACAGCGAUCUGUACGAAACACUGGGAGCUCCUCGCUGGCAGGUCUACCGAGACUGGGCCAGGACCCUUUCAAAGUUGAACCGAGGGGGAGUGCUUGAUGUCUAUGCAACAGCCCUUCUUCUGACCUCCCAAUAUCAGAAUGUGCACCUCCUGCACGAAGUUUCACAGUUCGAGUUGCUCAGUCUGAGGGAUCCCAUGGACCCCAUUCUUGAUCCCGAACCCCAUACCUCUGCUCUCGAGCAUCGUUGCCGCGGGAAAGCUCCUCCGCGUGAGGAAGGCAUGCUAUGCGAAAACAACGACUGGGUGACGCCAUUCCUGGUACUCGCUCCUUUGAAGUACGAGAUGCUCGUCAGGCAUCCUUUCACCAUCUUUUACCCGGACAGCAUUUUCGAGUCGGAGAUAGAGCACGUGGAAAAAGCCCACGAGGGAUGUCCAAAACGCUCCCGAUUCGAGCUUACGGAGGGAAUCUCCGGGUGCUCCAUCUCCGACGGAUUCAGUCCGGUGUUCCAGCGCAUCAAAGAGCGGGUUCUGGACAUGACGGGAAUGAACGAGGCUUUCAAGUCCUUUUAUGUAGUAGAGUACUCUCAGACGAGACCAUUUGAACUCUUUAAACUAUUCAGGAACUCCUCCAAAUUUCCCAAACUCAACGCCAAGGAUUUAGAGGAUGUCGAGGCCACUGCAAUUAUAUUUCUGAAGGACCUCACAUUGGGCGGGGCGAUCACCAAGCCACAAAAAGAUCUUCUCGUGCAACCCAAGAGGGGAAGCGUGCUGAUCACCCUCAAGGACACGGAACUCGAUACUACGGUGUGUCCAAAUAUCGCGGAUAGUGGACUAGUUAUGAUCAAGUUCCUUUUGAAACCAGAAUGAGCGGAAAUCCCAAUCCCUGCGUUUUGAUAAUAAUUUCUAAUAAAUCUCUAGAUCAUUAAUUA